AGCUGUCAAACUCGGCAAAGGCUGGAAAAAACACGAAAUUUACAAGUCAUCGACUAAAAAGCAAAGCAUCGAAAACAUUCUAGCCGCAGUAAAAGUUGGGUUUAAGCGAGUUUGUUGUAAGAGCACAUUAACUAGAAAUGGCCCAAACUCUUGAAGACAAGUCAAUAUGGGAGGAUGGCGAGGAGUCGCUGGGCGAAGAGGUGCUGCGUAUGUCCACGGAUGAGAUUGUGAGCAGGACUCGCCUGAUGGACAAUGAAAUUAAAAUCAUGAAAAGCGAAGUUAUGCGCAUUACACACGAAAUUCAGGCGCAAAAUGAAAAAAUCAAAGACAAUACAGAGAAGAUCAAGGUUAACAAAACUUUGCCAUAUCUGGUGUCCAAUGUGAUUGAGCUGCUGGAUGUGGAUCCGCAGGAGGAAGAGGAUGAUGGCUCCGUUACUGUGUUGGAUAAUCAGCGCAAGGGCAAAUGUGCCGUUAUUAAAACAUCUACGCGCCAGGCAUAUUUCUUGCCAGUCAUUGGUCUGGUCGAUGCCGAGAAGCUGAAGCCCGGUGAUUUGGUUGGCGUCAACAAGGACUCGUACCUAAUUCUGGAAACCCUGCCAGCUGAGUACGAUGCACGUGUUAAGGCCAUGGAGGUUGAUGAGCGUCCAACAGAGCAGUAUUCCGAUAUUGGUGGUCUGGACAAACAGAUCCAGGAGCUCAUUGAAGCUGUCGUAUUGCCCAUGACACACAAGGAAAAGUUCAAGAAUCUAGGCAUUCAUCCACCAAAGGGUGUAUUGUUGUACGGACCGCCUGGCACUGGCAAGACGCUGCUCGCCCGUGCUUGCGCUGCCCAAACAAAGUCCACUUUCCUAAAGCUAGCUGGACCUCAACUGGUGCAAAUGUUUAUUGGCGAUGGCGCCAAGUUGGUGCGCGAUGCCUUUGCGCUGGCCAAGGAGAAGGCGCCCGCAAUCAUUUUCAUCGAUGAGUUGGACGCCAUUGGCACCAAACGUUUCGAUUCAGAAAAGGCUGGUGAUCGUGAGGUGCAGCGCACCAUGUUGGAGCUACUAAAUCAGUUGGACGGCUUCAGCUCGACUGCCGAUAUUAAGGUCAUUGCAGCCACGAAUCGUGUCGAUAUUUUGGAUCCCGCCCUUCUGCGUUCCGGUCGACUGGAUCGCAAAAUCGAGUUCCCACAUCCAAAUGAGGAGGCUCGUGCGCGCAUCAUGCAAAUCCAUUCACGUAAAAUGAAUGUCAGCAACGAUGUGAACUUUGAGGAGCUAUCGCGUUCCACUGACGACUUCAAUGGGGCCCAGUGCAAGGCGGUCUGUGUUGAGGCUGGCAUGAUUGCCCUGCGCCGCUCCGCCACAUCGGUGACGCACGAGGACUUCAUGGAUGCCAUCAUGGAGGUGCAGUCCAAGAAGAAAGCUAAUCUUAACUACUAUGCCUAGGCUAGAAAUUCACAAAUCUGGCACACGAUUCAACAACAAAAUCAACAUAAAUAUACUAACAAUUAUAAAAAACA